GCAUGGCACCCUGUUCGGAAAAGCAAAGUUAUGCGGAACUAAUGGAGAACAUGAAACUGUGCGAGGCGGAAAGGAUAUACGCGCUAUCGAAUAGUGUCGGAAGAAUACUGGAUGACGCGGAGGCCCGAAAGGUCCUAAGGCACUUCAUGAUGAGCGAAAAGAAGUCCAUGCAGUGCGUGGACGUCUAUGAGAAGUGCGCCGAGUUUCUUGGGAAGCACCCGAAGUACGAGUCCUGCGACAUUAAGGUGCUGGCCCGACUGGGUUUGCCCUCCCAUCUGGAACAGCGUCUAUGUUAUCGAUUAAACAAUGGUGAUCCCAUUUCCAUCUGCCUCUGCCUUAAAAACAUCCAGGAGGAAUGUCUCAGUGAGGUGGCCGAGUCCUUUAACGACUUCAAGGAAUCUAUCACAAAAACACGGAUGAAUCUUAAACAUAAGCAACUAGGAUAAGUAAAGA